AUGAUGCUACUUCCAAAUGUAUCGCGAGAUUUGCAGAUAGCAAUUUUCAAAGCUUACCCUAAAAAUAUAAAAUCUCGUAAUGAUUGGUUUAGUUUUCUCAAUCAUAUGGAAAGAAAAGUUAGAUCAUUGGAUCGAGAGUCAACAGCGACUAACAUACUUUUAAAUUUAUACAAAAGUGCUGUAGAUUCAUUAGAGGUGGAUUGGUCAGAUGAAAUUUAUCUUACAAUUUUUAUCAGAACAGCAGUUUUAGCAUCAUAUGAGAAUUCGGACUGCGGUCCUGCAUUUCUUAGCUUAUGUUCUAUAAAUGGACGUCGAAAUCCACAGUUGAUUGCGGCCGUAGCUUAUUAUUAUUCUAAACAAGGAGAUAAAAGUAGAGCUAAAAGUCUUUUAAACUCUACAAAAAAGUGUGUAGACAUAUGUGGGGUGGAAUUGUUGUGUAGAGCCGAAAGUAUGCUAGAUACAGACGAUGAUUUCAAAUCGUUAUUAGGACCAUUUUAUUACAAACCAGACUUUUAUUUCCAAGAUAUAAAUUGUUCUCAGGCAAGUUCAAGUGAAAUUUCUUCAGUUCUGGAUUCUACUUGUCCAAAUGAUCACACAGAAGAACGUUCUCAGUCUGUGAUAGACAUCAAUUUUGAACCGGAUGGAAAUUCACCAAACUAUCCUAGUAAUUGCAAUGCAGUUGAAUCAAUACAAAUAAUUGGUCCAUCCAGGGAUUCAUAUAAUUUUUCCCGGUCCCUCAAAUUACCAGGGCUUCCAGAAGAAUUGUCAGUUACUUCAGUCACAAGUAACCCACAUAUGGAAUCAUUACAACAGCCUGAACUAUCCACCAUCGUUGGUUCGAUCAAAUUGAAUGGAAGUUGCGAAAAGGAUAAGAAAUUGAUUUCUGUCGGUGUGCAAACUGAGCUGGUCAAUGAAAGUGAACAAUUUAUUAUUGUUAAUGGUAAAAAGUAUCAAGUAAUUAAUGAAUUGGGACGGGGAGGUUCAUCAGUGGUGUAUUGGGCUAUGGACUCCGAUUUAAAUCCAUGGGCGGUGAAAAAAGUUGAUUUGAAAAAUCUUACACAAGAAACAGUUACAUCGUAUAUAAAUGAGAUUGAGAUGCUUAAAAGUUUGAUAAAUUCCGACAGAAUUAUCCGACUAUAUGAUUAUCACUGUACAUCAGAAAAUCUCAUACUUGUUAUGGAGAAAGGAGAUUGCGAUUUGAAAAGUGUAAUUCUUAGCUUUUGGUCUGGUGGUGCAAAAAAAUCGCCUCGUUCACCAUCAGGUAUGCUUUCAUCUGGGAUUGUAUUCUACUGGGAUCAAAUGUUGCGGUGUGUGAAAGCACUUCAUGAUCGUCGUAUUGUUCACUUAGAUUUAAAACCACAAAAUUUUGUUCUAGUCUAUGGACAGUUGAAGCUUAUUGAUCUAGGGAUUAGUCGUCUGUUACCAGAUGAUUCAACAACUGUAAACCAUUGGCUAAAGUUGGGAACAUUGUCUUUCAUGAGUCCAGAACAGUUGGAAGAAGCUGCUGCUAUUCCCUCAUCCUCAUCUAGCCUAAAUCAGUCGUUUUUCUUGGGUCCUGAAGUUGACCAAGAAAAUCGUUUUAAGGUUGGUCGUAAAUCGGAUAUUUGGUCAUUAGGUGUAAUCCUUUAUAUGAUGGUCUACGGUCAGUUACCUUUUAAUCAAGAUAAACUUCACUCUCGUCUAUCAGCCAUUAUAAGUCCCAGUGUAAAAAUAUCUUUGCCAGCUAUCAAGAAUAAAUCUAUUUAUAAGGCAUUAGAACGGAGUUUAGUUCGAAAUCAUUUAGAAAGAGCAUCUGUUGAUGAAUUACUGAGUUAUGAAUAUGUGUCUAGUACAUCAGCUGCUGACUUAUGGUAG